AUGGCGAGUCAGUGUAAAAGGCAGCAAUGCACAAACGACAGGCGCGGCUUUCGGCAGGAACUUGACUCGUGGCGACACAAACUAGUUCACUGUGUAGGUUUUGAGAGCAUCCUCGAAGGUCUGUUUGGUCCAGAGCUGGUAGAAGACCUCACAUUAUUUAAGGACUUUGAGCCGACAGCCGUGUCUGACUGGUCAUUUGAUGAAAAUUGUCUUUUCUGUUGUUUGAGACGAGACAAAGUUAAGGAACACCUUAUUGGCUUAAGCAACGAGGAGCUUGAAGAUACAGCUAAACCUCUCCUCGUUAAAGAUCUGAACACAAUCAACAAACUAGAGAAACAAGCCGAGGAAUUUCUCAAUGCAGUCCUCAGCAGAAAAGAUGUGCCAAAUUUCUCUGACCCACACAUUCCUGUAGUGGCUCGAGAAAUCCUUCAGAGAAUGAUCCGACAGUUCGCUGCCGAAUAUACCUCAAAAACCAGCUCCCCUCAGGACAGUGGCUCUGAGUCCCAGCCUUGCUUUGACCAAAGCCCAGCCUUGCUCUCAGGGGCUGCUCCUUCUACCAGCCCUGCUGGGCCUGCACACAACCAGAACCCCGUCCUCAGCAAGCUCCUCAUGGCUGACCAGGAUGCUCCUCUUGACCUCACCAUCAAGAGGCCCCUGGCUGUGCCUCGUGAACAAGAUGGAGUUCUGGACUUAUCUAUCAAGAAGAAUCGCUGCAGCAGCAGCAGCAGCCUGCCUGUCCGUAGUCCCUGCCUUUCGCCAGCCACAUCCAUGCUCAAAGGUGAGCCUCUUGAUUUGCCUAUUGCAAAGGCCAAAGACCUGCAGUCCUCCUCCACGCUGGAACAGUUCAUGGCCAAACUCUGUCACCACCAUCAGAGACAGAUGGUAAACGCCAUCGGCUUUCUACAGACGGAGGUCAAAGCACUGACAUCUUCCAAUACACAGAAAGCCCCUAAAUCUACCUCUGGAAUCCAGGUAACGGCUUGUUCUACCGCAAAAUCCGGUGCAGUCACCGCUGAGAAGUCAUGCCCUGAGCUAAAGUUUCCCGGUAUAUUAACUCCCAAGUUAGAAGUCCAGGAAAUGUCCCAUUCUAUCCCAAGCAGCUGUGCAAUGAAAAACGUUCCAGAGAAUGCUGUUUCGCUGAAAACAUCGGCUAGCCCUGCUUUGGAUCUUCGCAGCCCGGGGUCCGGGGGAAAUCGAGCUCCGGUCACUCCCACUGCUAAUCCAAUGGAGGCAGAAAACAACCGUAAUGGUGAUCAUGCCCCUCUUAAGAUGAAAAUCAUGACCAGCAACGUUGCUGCUGGUAAGAAGUUGUCCUGUGUGCUCGACACCUCUCUUUCAUCUCACUCUGACACUUUGGAGGACAGACAGGGUAACUCCAAGACAUCCAACAGAACAGAAACUCAUAGUGCCAGACUCAGCUCCUCUGUGAAAAGACACAAUCAGACUAGUCACGCACAUCAAGCAAGGCAGAGAGAGACUCUGGGGCAUGCCAAAGAUAAACCAGGAAACCUGUUUUCAGUCCACAUGACCAUUCCUUCCGACUCUCCACGGACUGCCAGGAAGACCAUCAAGUCAUCUUCGGAUCAUCGGAUCAGGGACUCUGCUUGCAGGGGAAUAGCUGACCCUGAUCUUGGCCACUGCGACAUUGUUUUUAUUGACAAACCAAUUACAGAGUGUUUUAAGGAACAGCGGCGCGGUAUGUUUCCUCGCCGCAAUGCCAGAAAAAGCACCAGAGGACAUUUGUAUUCAGAUGAAAUCUGGGAGUUAAAAACGGUCCGUACAUUGGCUGGGAGGGGCAAGUGUCCCAAUCCAAUGCCAGAGCUUAUCACAUUGGUCACCCCGAAGCAAGUGCUUUCGAAGCCUGAAGGUGUACCACCUGUGAAUAUGCCCUUUGCUGGAGCGUGCAGAGAGGCAAUGAAUCAACACAUGUCCACAGAAGAGUCUGAUGAGAGUGUGAGUCUAGCAACAAGAGAUACGGUGGAGGUAGCAGCCAGUGAAGAAGAGAUUCCAGUUGAAACUACUCCGACAGACCAGUGUCAGGGAAAGGGGAAGUCUCCUCCUUCCUCUCCGAUUAGGCCUCCUACAGAAAACAAAGAAACAGAUGUGAACACAGAUGUAGAACAGAAUACGACAGGAGAUUCGGGGACAACGGCUAAAAGUGAAGAAAGUGUUGCUGAGGCUCCAUUUGAAGCAGAAAAAGAAAACACGCCCGAGCUUCAAGAGGACAUAGGUGAAAGUAAAGACCAAAUAGUCACAGAAACUGUAGUGGAACCAUCAGAGAAUGUUUCCACAGAAGAAAAUGAGCCCCAGAUGUCAUCAGUGCACAACAGUGAGCCUGUUCUCCAGCAAAAUAGAGCCCCAUCACCGGUGGCUCAAGUUGAGGAAGAAAAGGAGCAAAACAGUAGGGAGGAAAUACAAGACGAGCAACCGCAGGAGCUUCAAACGGACUCAAAGAUGCAGUACGACAACGUCGAGGUGACCGUUAAGUCCGACGCCACAGUGUCGGCAGAGGAGCCAAUGGAGAAAGAGACAGAAAUGAAAACAUCUGAAGCAGUUGACGGUGUUCUACCUUUAGAGAGCGAAGGUGACAAUGACAUUGACGUGUCCUCAAAGACACUUGAUGCGCUUUUGAAAGAAUUACCCCCUUGGCGUAGAAAAAAAGGGACUGUAGUUUCUCCACCAAAGCGGUUAAGAAAAACCGAAGGAGUGGUCGUGGGUUUUGUCAAUGGGAGACCCAUAUCGGCAUCUGACAGGAGUCUGCGCCGUAGAUCAAAUAACAGCACCACAUCACCGAAUAAAACCCCAAUGAAAUCUAGUCGGAAUGUCCCCAACAAGACUUCUGUUGAUUCUACUAUUGAUUCAACUGUUGAAAACAAAAGUCUGGAGAAACCUCUACCUGAAACCGACAGAGCUGUAAAAUCCAUUGAGACGACUCCUGGUGUUCAGCAGGUGAAAGAAUCACCCUCUGACACACCAUCAAGCCCGAAAUCUAAGAGCAAACAAAAGAAAGUUAAAAGAGAUCAGGAUAGUCUGCCGGUUCUCUCUGAUCAGCGGCAACUUCGAUCAGCCAGCCAGAGGCCUGCUGGUACUCCUUUAUCAUCUCCCAAAUCCAAUGCUGUCACUUCCAUUUUAUCUCCGAAACCUAUUGCUACCCCUGCUCUCACCCUUCCGUCUUCACUUCCUGUUGCUUCUCCUUCAAUCGGGUCAUCUUCCCCCACAGCCUCUGAGACGUGCCACCAGCAAGCAGUCCCAGAGACGACUGUCGUAUUAAACGUUGAAAAUAUUCAACAAGUUGAGGAAACCGUUGAAGAAUUGCAAAAAAACAAAGUAGAAAAUAUAGUGCAGGCCAAACUGAAACUAGGGUCUACAAAGGCUGUAGGAGAUGACAGUCAAAGUGAGCAACUUAACUGUGAGUUAUCAAGUCCGUUAGAAAAUCAAAGUCCUGAAAAGACAGAAAUGCAAAACAAGACUAUGCCACUAAGAAGUAAGCGGGCUCUCCGAAAGGAGGCAGAAGCAAUUGAUGCUGCUCCGUUGCAGAAGCAAAGUGUAGCAUCUCUAGAGGGCAGGUCUGCAAGCGGAGAUGAAAGCAGUUCUUCCCCAUCAGAAAAGCCCAAAAGAAUGCCUUUAAGAAGUGAGAGCAGUAAGGUUGAAAUGUCCCACCAGUCUGUUACUCAGUCGUCACCAGUGGACAACAAGAAAUUGGCUUUGAGAUCACAACGAUUGGCUGUAGCCUCUACCAGUGCUCCCACUGUAGAUGAAAGACAGAGUGACGUAACAUCCCCUGUGAGAAUCAUUUCAGAAAGGAUAAUCAAAGCUCCGGUGAAGCCCCUUCCAGUGUCGGUUGCGUCUACGUUGCCCCAGAGCUCAGCCGUUCCCGCCAUUACACCAAGAUCUGAGCGCACAAAACAAGCCAACAAAUUCUUUCAGAAUCUGACUGGAGAAGAAAACCAACACCUAAUUACAAAUCUGAACAUUAAGUAUGAUAAAAUGCAAAAGGGCUGGGUGCCGAUGGACAAAGAGGGUCAUCCAGUCACAAAAUACAGAAACAAAUCUGACAGACAGGCAGCUAUAUGGAAAAGCAAACGCAGGGCCCGAAAAUCAAAGUCUUCGGAACACCAGAAAUACUCACCGGUCCAAAUGCUCUUCAUGAAAGGUUUUAAUCUCACCAGCAUUUGCCGCUGGUUCCUUGACACCACAGAAACAAAGUCCCUCGUCAUUGUCAAGAAAGUGAAUACACGUCUUCCGUCAGAAACCCAGCUGUUCUUCCACAGCUCGUCGAGCGCUUCAGGGACCUCUCAGGGGGUAUUUCCAAGCCAACAGGCAGAGCGCUUAAAGAAACAUUUGAAAAAGUUUGCCAUUGCCUCUCCUGUAAAGAGCAACCCCAAGAAUCAGAGACUGAUUGCUAAAGCGCUGGAGCAAGAAGCCAACUCAGUCCAGGGGAAGGAGAGGGGAGAGUCUCCCAGUACGACUCCGACCAAGUCCCACUCGUCUGCCAAAGCCUCUGGAGAAGUAGCUGAAUCACAGAAGUCCUCUGGUAAAUCGAAGAAUCCAGCUAGUGCGAGGAUCUUAAGGAAAUACUCAAACAUCAGAGAGAAGAUGCAGGUUCAGCAAACCAAUGUUAGACUCAAAAAGGCCUCCAAAACGUUAAAAAAGAACAACAUGAGAAGGCUGGCGACCAAAAAGUCAUCCGCCAAGUCAAAUCUGAAACCAUCUCUAAGGGCAAAAAAGUCCCCCCUCCCUGUUGGUAAACAAAUGAAAGCAUCUGCAGCAAGAAUGGAAAGAAGGAGAACGUUGGCUGGCAAAAAAGCUCCAAAGCAUCCUGCUCAGCAGAGGCCAGACAAGGCUCCGGGCAGCGGUCGAGCUUCAAGAGACGCAACGAAAAACGACGAAUUGCCCAAGAGAUGUUCUCAACGACUCGGGUCUCCGAAGCAACCCGAACAUAACCCCGUCGACGCAUCGAAAAGCAAGGUCGACAAUAAAAAGCUAAUUGAAGCGGAGAAAAUAGAGGUGGAAAAACCCGCCUUGAAUAAAGCUGUUGCUGCAAAGAUCCAAACAAAGGAAUCUUCACAGAGCAGCGUCUCUGACAUCAAAGGCACAGAGCGCACUGCUGACGCCCCGCCGCAGGGCGUGGAGGUCAAGUCUCCGCCCUCGCCUGAUCAGGUACUAACACGGUCCCAGAGGAAAAUUGAGGCGGCAGUCUCUUUGCGUGGGAGCUCUGCUUCAAAGAGGCCCACGAAGUCCUCGAAGACGCAGAGCGCCUCCCCCAAAGCGGCCAGGAGGAGCGAGGAGGCGGCGCUGCCGAGGCGAGCGGCGGUCCGGCCCUCUGCAAAGAGAAAGCGCACCGCCUCGCUGCCGCGCCGCAAAACAACAUCGGCGACCAAGAGAGCUCGGGCGCUUUCGCAGACCCCGGCUAAGCGCACCAGGACGUCGCUCUCAAAAUGAAGAGAGAGAGAGGGAGAGAGAUCAUCUUUUAUUAAGAGGAUUUUGUCAAACUUUACCUGUAAUAUAUUCAGAAGGCCCAGAAGUAUCUAUUUUCUACUUCCACCGAACUCUUCAGAGGGCACCUUUUUCAGUCGGCAGGAACAGAUUUUGAAAGUAAUUUCAGCUUUUGUAAAGCGUCAGUGUGAAAUGUGUUUGCUGAGCUCUUGCUCCGCGCUCGGGGACGGCAGACGAGUCCCGCGGGACGUCCAGUGGGACUCGUUUCUCUUUGGCUUUCAGCACCCUGGAGAACAUGGCCCGUCAAACCUCACCGCUCUGUGGAGAUGCUUUUCUUCAGCUUUUCAAUACGACGUGUACCUACAGAGGCAAUGUGUAUCUCCAGCCUGUCUUCCAAUCAAACGUCUGUCUCUGUGACUCUUGUGACCCGGUGCCUUAUUUAUGAAGUGUAAAGGAAUGGAGUGAGUUGCUGAAUGUGAAACCCUGUUAUUUAGUUCAAACAACUUUAGAUUCCUGGAGAGGGCGUCGACAUUCAUUUGCUUCGCAGAGUGUUCGUAAAUAGUUUCCGCCCCGAGCGUCGUCUGUCAAUUCUCACCUUGAUUGAGGCUUUCAAAUGUUCUGAUUUAAUCUUACCUGCCAGGUUUAUUUUUAUAUUCUCAUUUUGCCAGAGCAUUAACUUAAUAUUGUUCUUACUAUAGUUGUACUCGAUGCAAAUAUGAGUCUGCAUUAUUAAAACAGACGGGUGUGAUCUGUAUGUGUCAUGACAAACGUUUUUUUUCUUUUUCUUUCCGAUGUUUUGGGGUUGUUUUCAUCACUGUGUCGCUCUGCAGUCCCUUGUUAUCCGCUCGUAACAGCGACUUCACUUUAAAUAGUUCACCUGCUUCUGUAUCUGUUAAGUCUCGUUGAUGUGGGCGACAGUUUGAGCAACUCUCGUUCGAGCGGUUGUCUUUCUACGACUGAAACCCCAAAGUAUAUUUAUGCCUCUGAGCUUUGAAGAUGCUAACCUCAUUCAAUAAUGUGUUUGUGCAUUUGGUGCCCGUCAAAAUGCUGUCCUGACAAAUGAUCUGAAAUGACUUUGAGAUCCUGGCUUGUAUCAUUUCGCAACACUAUUUCAUCCCAGCAAAGACCUGACAAGUAUGUAUAUUUAGUCGGUUCAUAUGAAUGACGUUUGCGGCCACUUGAGCAUCAGUAGCAGAUGACAGGGAGAUGAAUUCCUUCCCUAAUUAUUAGAGUUGGAUAUAUGUUUGGGGUAGUCUAGUCACACUUCUGAGUUGUUAAUCAAAGUAUGGUGCAGUUUUAUGUUGUUUGUUUUAUUAUUGUUGGACAGAUGUUCUCAUAUUGUGAAGUUUCUUAACUUCCAGUAGUGUUUGGCAUUAGUGUAUCGUCAAUUGUCAUUUUUAGCACAGUGUUGUUUUUUAUUCUGUUCAUUUCACUUAGAGGGUAAAUCAUCUGUAAAUGCAAAACAUGUCUCAUGUUUUUAUUGUUAUUUAAAAACUUCAUGUAGGCUAACGGAUUGAGCAAAUCUAAACCAGCCCACCGAAUCAGACUUGAACAUGUUUAUUUGCAGUUGCUAUUUAAAGAUUUUGGUUUUGUAUGAUAGAAAGAAACAAACUGCUUUAUUUGUGGUGAUCCCAUGAAUGAUACAUCUUUAUGUUCAGAACUUUGUAUUUUUGCUGGAGUUGAUAUAAAGAUGUUUAAAUUUUA